AUGGCACUCUCUGUUUGCAGUGUUGACCCUUGGAAUCUUAAGCCUAUAGCAUUAGCAACGCCAUCUUUCCCUUUCAAGUCUCUCAAAUUCCCGCCCUUCUGGCCAACCCAAAAGGUGAAGAUGGGUCCUCUGACUGUGUCUCCCAUGGGGUUUGGAACGUGGGCAUGGGGUAAUCAGUUUCUCUGGGGGUACAAAGAAUCCAUGGAUAAUGAGCUUCAACAAAUCUUCAACAUGGCUGUGGACAACGGCAUCAAUCUCUUUGACACUGCUGAUUCUUAUGGCACUGGAAGGUUAAAUGGUCAGAGCGAGAAGCUUCUGGGGAGGUUCAUUAGAGAUUUUCAAGAGAAAAAGGGGAGCAACCGUGACAUAGUAAUUGCUACCAAGUUUGCUGCGUAUCCAUGGCGCCUUACACCAGGGCAGUUUGUGAAUGCUUGCAGGGCGUCACUAGAUAGAAUGCAGAUUGAGCAAAUUGGGAUAGGACAACUGCAUUGGUCAACUGCAAAUUAUGCUCCUUUGCAGGAAUUAGCUCUGUGGGAUGGUUUAGUGGCAAUGUAUGAGAAGGGUUUGGUUAAAGCUGUUGGAGUGAGUAAUUACGGACCAAAGCAGCUUCUAAAGAUACACGAUUAUCUGAAAGACCGUGGAGUCCCCUUAUGCUCUGCCCAGGUGCAAUUUUCUUUGCUAAGCAUGGGAGAAGAUCAACUAGAGAUCAAGAGUAUAUGUGACUCUCUGGGUAUUCGCAUGAUUGCUUAUAGUCCUCUGGGACUUGGGAUGCUUACUGGGAAAUACUCACCAUCUAAACUUCCAAGUGGGCCAAGGGCGUUGCUCUUUAAGCAAAUACUUCCGGGAUUGGAUCCUUUAUUGAGUUCCCUGAGAGAUAUUGCAAAUAAACGGCGGAAAACCAUGUCACAAGUAGCCAUAAAUUGGUGCAUAUGCAAAGGUACGGUUCCAAUUCCCGGAGUCAAGUCUAUUAAACAAGCAGAGGAAAACUUGGGUGCUCUUGGUUGGCGCCUAUCCUCAGACGAGUUGCUUCGGUUGGAUUAUGCAGCAACAGAAUCACCUCGAAGGAUGAUCCAAAACAUUUUCCAAACCAGGUAUACAUAUUCUCCCAUUUAA